AUGUGGUCGUCGUCUGCGCAACAAGAGCAUCAGCCUAGGAUGUAUCAACAGCUUGCUCUAGAUGAAGUAUGGGUUGUGCCUGGUGAGAUUCGGAAGUCUUUUCUUCAGGAUGAAUUAAAUUGGACUCGACUUGAAACAAACGCAUAUCUGAAUUGGUACGUGUCCGGACCCUUGAAGCGUAAUGCAAAAGUGAUGCUUGCAAAUGGAUAUGUAUGUAAUGCACCGGCAUCUUUGCUUGCAGCAUUUUCCAGUGUAUUAUGCAAAUUAAUUAUGGCACAGGUAUAUCAAAACAGUAGUAGUCUCAAGGGAAAAUAUAUAACUGAUGAACAUUAUAAGCAACAACAACAACCUUCAAACAAGGAACUUGUAAUACAUCUCAAUGAUAUGCCAAAUUUAAGCAACGCUGGCCUUUAUAAUGUCAUAUGUUUCAUUCAAAAUGGACAGAUCAAAUUUUUAGAAACUGAAUUGGAGAAUAUUUUAAGCGCUGCUAAUGAUCUUGACGUUACUGGACUGGUGUGUCUAAUUUGCGAGGAAAUGGUUUCACGUAUCAAAGAAAAGUCAUCAACUGCAAUUCCUUUGUUGUAUGUUGCUGUUGCAUGCUUACCACCGUCAGUUUCAUUUUUUUUACAGUUACAUUUUUUGAGCACAAACAUAUUUAAUAACUGUUCGCAGUAUCGUAACAUUGUAAUCGACGCUGUAGCAAUGAAAUUUGAUGAAAUUCUUAUCCAUUCAGAAUUUAAAAAGCUAUCCUUCGAAAUGCUUUAUGCACUAACUUCUGCACCGAAAUUACAAGAACCUGAAUGGGUAAUCGAAACUUAUGGUGCAAUUAUUUACUGGCUCCGAAACAACAUGGAUCAGUUUUAUGCAGCUUCGUCACUGCUUGAUAACGUGAACUUCAAAGCGAUCAAUAUAGCCAGACAUCGUCAAGAAAUAAUGCGUAGAGCAGUAGAAAUACCGGACUUGAAGCCUACAGUUCAGAUCUUCUUGAUGGAUUCAUUAUAUGCUCAAUUCUCAGAAUGUCUAGCAGAUGUUUCAAGUGAGAAAAGCAAUCUGAUGCCAUCCUCUGCAUACACAAUCUCAAAUGCAGAAACGGUAAAUCUACCAAGCUCAUUAAGAGGUACCAAAAGAAUGGUAGUGUCAUCGGUUGGCUCAUUUAACAUUCCACAACUUGACUCCAUAUUCAGCCGAACGGAAAGUACGGAUUCCAGUACACCACAAUCAUUAGACCGAAAAUGGUAUCCGGAGCGAAUCCUACAAAGCAGCGAUACAAGUUCCUACCAAAGUGAGAAGAAAGACACUUCGGGUGUCGCCACAACAGCAGCAGCGACAGAAGUGAAAACAAAUCUCAGUGACUCUGGAAAAGUAGUUCGCUCCCAUCUUACGACUGGUCCCGAUCAAAUUUCCAGUCAUGGAAGUCCAAUGGAAUCAGUUCAGUCGGUUAUGCCUUCAUUAAAUGGCCAAAAUGCUCAAAAGCAGGAAAUUAUUCCGUCAGCAGUUGAAUUCAAAAGUGCACAAGAUUCGUACUUGUCGGCUGCUAGCAGUCAGCAGGGACCUAGCUCGAUUCAAAAACUAAAUGCGACUCAAAAAAGUCGUAGCAAUGAAUCGGCUACAAGCUCACGGCCUCGCCGCAAAUUUGAGCAAAUACCCCUGCGUACCGAACCACCAAAAAGUCAUAAAGAAUUACGUAAGGAGCGUCAAGCACGGGAAAGAGCCAGUAAAAUGUGA